AAUUAGAAAAUAGAAAUUCUUCUAUUAUAGAAUUAGUUGAGCGUUAUGUUUAUUUUAAUGCACAUUUUGGCAAAUCAUUUGAGACUUGUCAAAGUUUAUAUAAACAAGAUGUUUUAAACAAAAUUAACAAAUCGGUUAGUACCGAUUUAGAAGUUUAUCAACAAGAAGAAGAAGUUCAACAAGAAAAAGUUAUUUAUCAAAAAGAAAAAGUUCAACAAGAAAAAGUUAUUUAUCAAGAAGAAGAAGUUAUUUAUCAAGAAGAAGAAGUUGAAAAAAAGACUGAUGAUGAAUUAGAUUUUGAUCCAGAUAAAGAAUGGUUAAAAUAUUUGGAAACCGAUAAAUAUUAG